CUUGCAGUCAGUUUAUAGCCAUUAAAGAAAAAAAAGAGUCUCUCUCGAACAUGAUGGAGUAGGCAACAUCGGUGCGGCUUGGAAACCACCUGGUCUGGAAUAACCUGAUGGAAAUUAGAGGACGGAGGCCUUGCGAAGUCCGUUUCGAGGAGGUUUUCAUGGAGCGUUGAGAUAAUUAUGAUGUGGUGGCUUGCCUUAAUGAUGUUUACAUCUCCGGCUUUCCCAUUCAUCGUGUUCGUGUGCAUGGAUUUAUCCGAGGCGCUUCAUUCCUACGAUGCGCUGCCUUUAAUAAGGAAAUCUCGUGAAAUCGCCGAAGAGCAUCUAAAUACAAGCGCUAACGGGUUUCCUGUGUACCUGCUCGGUAUUGUCGCAUUAACACCCGCGCCCACGAUCGCAUCCAACAGAAAACCGAUAAAUGUCGCCGCAUCAGCAGCCACCACCAUUGAAACACCACCAACAGACCCCAUCACCCCAUCGCUGUCUAAUCCCAGCUAUGUGGGCGCAUUUGAUCGGAGAAAGCACAGUUUUCCUGAAACGCGGAAGAAAACGUCGCAGAUAUUUGAUAAUAAAGCCGUGCCCGAUCUCAGGACAACAUCUGACAAUUCUCAAGAGCUAGUGUGUAACUGCAGUGGAGAGGGUGUGUCGGACCCUGACGAGUGUGACCGUGAGACGGGUCAGUGUGACUGUAUGCUGGGAUUCACUGGGCUGGACUGUGAGGAGUGUGAGGAAGAUUACUUCACCAAUGGCACAAUUGGAUGUCUCCACUGCGCAUGCGACUCAUUUGGCGCAGUCAGCUCAAGCUGUGACAGUUCAGGUACGUGUGUGUGUAAGACAGGUGUUUACGGGCCCAAGUGUGAUGACUGCCACCCUGGAUUCUUCCACUUCAGCAGCACAGGAUGCCAGCCGUGCCAAUGCAACCACCAUUCGACCUACUGCCACCCACAGUCAGGAGUUUGUUUGGACUGUCAGAACAACACUCAGGGCCACAACUGUGAGGAGUGUCUCCCCAAUUUUUACCGUCUUCGUGGCGAGGAGUUAAAGGAGGGAUGUCUGCCCUGUCCCUGCUCCUCCGAGAGCUCCACCGGCAGCUGCCAUCUUGAUUCUAGCAGGCGGCCUGUAUGUGACAAAUGUAAGCCUGGCUUCUCUGGCCCGACAUGCAAUGUGUGUAUAGACGGUCUCUUCAAAUCAUCAGGUGUGUGUGUGCCCUGCAACUGUAACGGGAAUGCAGACCCUCGCUCCAGGCCUCAAAUAUGCCACCCCGAGACAGGGCACUGCCACCGCUGCAUCAACAACACAACGGGCGCACACUGUGAGAUCUGCACCCGUGGCUACAUAGGGGACGCCCCCUCCCACAAUUGCACCCGAAGAGCUGUGAGAAUCCUCCCAACUCAAGACAUCAAGACCUCCACUGCCGAAAUCCCCAAAUCCACACGUCCUAUUCCUUCUACACCUCCAAUCCGCCUCCCCACUUCUUCCUCCCCCUCCACCACCACCACCACUUCCCUCCCGACCCUGCAGUCUGGCACUGGAGACUCCGCAGGACACAACAGCACAGCCUCUGCCCUAACUGUAGUGUCCUGGACGCAAUUUAACAUCAUCAUUCUCGCUGUCAUCAUCGUCGUCGUUGUCCUCCUCAUGGGCUUCGUCGGGGCCGUGUAUAUGUAUCGCGAGUAUCGGAAUCGAAAACUGAAUGCCCCAUUUUGGACCAUUGAGCUUAAGGAAGAUAACAUCAGCUUCAGCAGCUACCAUGACAGCAUCCCGCACGCUGACCCUAACGGACUGUUAGAGGAGGAGCCAUGCGUGGUCGCAGCCAAUGGGCAGUUAGCACUGGCCACUGCCGCCAACAUGUACAAAGCGUGAAAUAGUUGGUACGAUUAUAUCUGCUCUUAAAUACGAUGAUUAGGGAAAGAAGGUAGCCUUGCUCUGGGAGCCAAAGCUAACUUUUAUUUAUUUCUACAUACUAUUUAGCUCCCCAUAAGGCAGAUAUCACACAGGAAGCAGUGGGACUGUGGCAGGGCGGGGCCGGGUCAUGAUCCUACACACCCGGUCCCGUCCUCCGCCCUGCCACAGUCCCACUGCUUCCUGUGUGAUAUCUUCAUGCAACCUGAUCUUAAAAAACAUAUUUCUUGUACCAUUUUGGAGAGGUCUCUUUUAAAUUCAAGACAAGCCAUUAAAAUAUCACUUAUGGAAGCCCUUAAACACACAAAAAAUGUAUUAUUUGCCAGAAUAUUUUGUGCUGCCUCUUAAAUGAGCCUCUAAGGUUUGUGUGCCUGAGUUUGAAAAGACAGAGGCAAUGAACGAGGCAAUGAAUUUGAGAGACCAUUGGACCAACACAGCAAGAUAAUGACACCUAAAUACUACUGUCUGUAUAGAAAGCUCACAAGUUCUUGAGACAAUUACUCUACUUUUAAAAGCAGACAGGGAUACGUCUGGAACAGAGUACAAUUACAUAAGAUUUGUACUCAUCCAAACAGCUUUACUCAGAAAAGAAUGGAACUUAAAAGUUCAAAAUGAACAAGACUUUUGUAAAAGACGCCAAGACUGCAAAUCAGGUGAUAUUUGUUAGGGAGGAAACGUCUGACCUUGCGAAGCAUCUGUCUUUGACUGAGACUAUUUCAUACACAUAUCAAAGGCCAUGCUUUGGAUUUCUAUGGAAUGCAGUCUUUGUAGAUCAGAGGAAAUUCCUGUAACAGAUUGGUAUCAAACCAAACAUGCUACAAAACAGUCAUACCUGGUUUACCGGUAACACUCACACCUGUUUCAGCCUUAUUGUGUUUGUGUGCGUGUGGGUGUUUAUGUGUCUGUGGGAGAGACAGUGUUGAGUGUGGAGACAGUUUCUAUUCUAACUGUGUAGAGCUGGAUUCUACACAGGAAUGUACAACAAGACUUUGUGAGCAUGGAUAGAUUCUGCUGCAUAGUUUCACUAAUAUAAAUGUUUGACACGAUAUUGUAGACACGAAAGCCAUGUAAGCAUAAAAAGUAUUCAGACUUUUAGAAGACAUUGUGUGGGAAAGACUGUGUUUGGGAACCUAUAAGGUACUGCAGUGGACACAAUGUGUUUACCCCUCCAUCUGUCUACAAGGACCCUUUAAAAUGUGAUUCAGGAUCAUUUUGAUGAUUUGGACAAAGGACUGGUCUUUUGUAUUGAAUUAUUACUUUUUUUUUUAUCAUUAUUAUGGUUGAUCAUGUUGACUACUAUUUAUUUAUCCUUUAUGUUUUGUCUCUGUGUUCUUAUUUUAUUGCUGUUUUGUACAGUGUACCAUACUGAAUGCAAACUCUGUAGGCCGAGUUGUGUGCACAACCUCAAUGACAAGACAUGUUGGAAGUCUUAUUUUCUCCUCUGGUUUUCUUUCUAUUUAGUAAGUCAGGUUAAACAUUAAUAACUCACUGUAUAUGGGAUGUCAGUGGAAAAUACUGUAUUUUCUCAGUCCUGAG